GUUAUUGACUACCAUAAACAAAAAAGUUAGCUUCUGUUGAUGUCUGACAUUACCGUUAACCAUGUUCAGGCUCAGCUGCAUAUUGUCCAUUCAAUCCUAUCGGGCAAAUUAUUGUUACCGGAAAAAUCUAAUUAUGCCCUUUUCAAUAUGAAGGCACUUCAGGUACACGUGAACUAUUACUUAUCCCAUCUUUAGCCGCACUGGAUCUCACAGUGAUUGGGUGAUCACCGAUCCCAUCACAUAACCUAAUCUGCAAACACAAAUCUGCAAGGCAAAUGUAAACGAAAAACAAAACGUCAAAGCGUCAAAGUCUAAGAUUUUGACAAAAGUUACAACUCUUUUCAAACAACUAAUAUACGUAGUAAUUUGAAUAACAUCGAAAAGCAAGAUGAGCUCAUCAAAAGAGAUUACUGAAAUGGAAGUGGAGACUGCCGGGGAGAGCGCCAAAACAUCAAUGGAUACCACAGAAGGAGACAAAAAUGUGAUGGCUCAGGGGGCCGUAGGUUCUGUCACUUGUUCCUUGCAUCCUCUCGUAAUUAUGAACAUAUCUGAACAUUGGACAAGGGAGAGAGCUCAGGAAGGGGCCGCACAACAAGUCAUUGGUGCACUGAUUGGUAAACAGAAAGGCAGAGAUGUUGAGAUUAUGAAUUCUUUUGAGCUUGUAUUCAGUGUGAUAGGAGGUGAUAUAAUAAUAGAUAGAGAUUAUUAUAACAUGAAAGAACAACAAUUUAAACAAGUAUUUAGUGAUAUGGAUUUUAUUGGUUGGUAUACUACUGGUGAUGCACCUAAUGCAAUGGAUAUCAAAGUUCAUAAACAGAUGUGUGAAAUAAAUGAAUCACCAAUAAUGCUAAAAUUGAAUCCCUUUGAUAAAAACAUCGAGGUGGGUAAACAAAUCAUGCUGUGGUCUUUUCUUUUUCUAGAUCAAUCAGCAAGAUAAUUAAAUAAUUGAAAUAUAGUUCUAGUAGCUUUAAAACUUUGGAUGCAUUAUAUACAGUGAAAACCAUAUACAACUGAUGUCAUAAUGUGUAUGAGAGAGAAGCCUGAGAAACUUGAAAUACAUCUGUUAGAAAGACAUAGCAGCAACCCAAGAGGCGACAGACGCAAUUGGCGCACCCUCUCUAAUAUACAUGUUCCAUGCUUCUCUCUCGUACUCAUUAUGACAUCAGCCAAAUUUGAACCUCACCAUAUAUAUUUAUAUAUAUACCAUAAUAUAAUGUAGGCCGAAGCCGAAAAUUAAUUGGCAAUACUUUGUCAAGGUCCCAAUUACAAUUGAGCUUUUUCAACUAUAUAUACAAUAUAUACAUUACAGGUAUACACUGAGCUUCUUUUACAUUUACCUAAAUACUAACAGAUUGUACUGGCUAUUAUUUAAAAAAAGCUCUUUUAUUUUAUUAUGUCUUUUAGCCACUGCAGUGGCAGAGACAGUAAACUGUUAGAUAUCAUCAAUGCAUGAAUUUGCAGUUUCCAAUUUACAGUCUUAUAUUCGUAAUUUAAUCUAUUAUCCCUAUCUUAACAUUGAUUCCAGCAUCUCCCAGUAAACUUGUAUGAAUCUGUGAUAGACUUGGUAAAUGGAGAAGCAACA